AAGUAGUAGAAGAGAAGUGUGCUAAAGGGAAAUGUUUUUCUGUGUUUUCUUCUCACUUUCUGUCUGUGGGCUGUAUGCAAACCCUGCCAUGCACAAAGCCAAAGGGUGAUAAGACGCUUAUUUGACUUGCUCAGUGCACCAGGAGGAAAUGAUGUCAUCAAGCACAAGACAGGCAGACUUGUUUUGCUCUGUGUUGAAGCUGGCCAGCGCAAGCCUCACAUGCUCCAGCAUAUUUCUGUUAAUUUGUUAUGCAAAGUGUGUCCAGCGAUUCGGGUCUCGCCGGCUAUGGCUGUCUGUCAGUCAAGGGGAAAGGGGGCUGCCGAGGUUGUUUAAAAAUAGCCCCAGUGUUCGACGCUCUUGCAUUAUUGCCGCCCAUCAAACUGAUCCAAUUUAGAGCUCCCUUCUCUUCCUCUAUGGAUUUCAGACAACUUUUUCGACCAUGGGUGGAUCUUUUCGGGCCUUUCCGGAAAAACUCCACUAUUUCUGCGGAUGUUUGAUGAUGCAAAACAGCAUUGAUGUCUAUGAGAUGAACCUGUCUGUGAUUGCUCCAAUGGCAGCAAACAGUUGUUUUUGACAGCUGUUUCCUCAUUGUUUCAUAGUCUGUGCCAGUUUGCAGCUUAGGAGGAUAACCCAGCCAUAGUUAAAUGUGCUGCUGAAGCCUCCAUAUUGAAAACAAAAACUCUUUUUUUUUUUUAAUACUUAAAAUCCAUUAUCUGCCAGAGAUUGAUGUAAGAACCAGGGUGCUGAGACAGGAGAGGAGGCAAAAAAGAUUCCGUCAAGGAACUGAAGAUCUGUUCUUGGCAAUGCCUCAGCCCAGCAUAAGCGCAAUGGACCCUCCCUUUGGGGAUGCCUUUCAAAAUUGCUCUUUUGCUGACCAGGCACUGACCAGCACAGACAUGUUGGCCAACAGCUCUGACCCAGACUUCAUGUAUGAACUGGACAGGGAUAUGAUUUGUCGCCAGAGCCCUAGAGGAGACAUUUUCACAGUAGGGGACUGCAAAGACAUGGACAGCAUGGAUCAUCUACCGGAGCUGGCAGAUAACGACCCAGCCUAUAGCUCAAACUUUGAGCAGUGGGACACAUACUGGGAAGACUUGACCAAGUACACUCACCUCACCAGUUGUGAUAUCUGGGGCACCAAGGAAGUAGAUUUCCUGGGCCUUGAUGACUUCUCCAGCCCUUAUCAGGAUGAGGAGGUGAUAGGACGGACACCCACCCUGGCCCAACUCAACAGUGAGGACUCGCAGCCUGUUUGCGAAACUCUUUACCAUCCAGAUUUGUUGGUGGGUCAAAAGCAGCUUUUGCUUCCACCUCCUAACGUGGCCAAGAAGAGCAACAGACUCACCACCUCCACAACCAGCGCCUCAUUGAGUCGCAACCCUCUGCCGGACUUUGCGGAGGGAUCCCAGAAAGCCACCUGGCCUGUUCCCUCCAGUACUGAUACAAUGGCCAAGGCCCAGUUGCAGGGGCCUACCAAAGCCCCACCUGGGCUGAACAACAUGGAUUAUGUACGCAAAGCCAAGGUUCGGAUCAGCGUACCACGCAAACCUUUGGUGGAGAGCUCUAUCCGGAAGGUUAGUGUUUCUGCAAGCUCCCCUCUAGUCCAGGAGCAUGAGUCAACUGCUUCACUGGUCAGUGAGGACCCGGUUGCCACCACUAACACCACAUCUUCUGUCAGCCCCCUGGCUUGCGAAAAGAGAGUGGAGACCCCUAAACGAGAGGUAUCCGCUGGCCCUGAGGUAGGGUCACUGAGAGCAGUGCCACACGAAUUACAGUUUCCUGCAGCUGCCGGCAGUGAAACCUUGCUCACCGUGAGUGCCCUUGGAGCCGACACUUCUGCCGCUGACAAAAAGAAGGAGGAAGAGCACAACUAUUCGUUGUUCUUAACCAGGGCUAAGCUGGCAGCGAAAGCAACUGCUGACAUGGAAGAGGAGGAAGAGGAGGAAGAUGAAGGGGAAGAUGAGGAAGAAGAGGAGGUGGCACUGGACCUUGAUGAUGAAGACCAUGAUGAAGGGUUCAGCAGUGAACAUGAGCUCUCCGAAAAUGAUGAGGACGAGGACGAGGAGGAUGAGGACUAUGAGGGUGACAAAGAAGAUUAUGUUAGCGAUGCAUUCUCCGAGCCAGGAUGUGAUGCUGAUAUGGUUGAAGAUGUCAAAGGCCUUACUCCUGGGAUUUCCAGGAAGAGGGGUAAGCGCCGAUACUUUUGGGAGUACAGUGAGCAGCUCAUCCCAUCCAAACAAGAGCGCAUGCUCAAACCCUCCGAGUGGGACAGAGACACUCUGCCCAGCAACAUGUACCAAAACAAUGGGCUGCACCAUGGAAAAUACACAUUAAAGAAAUCGCGUCGGACGGAUGUGGAAGAUCUUACUCCAAACCCACGAAAGCUGCUCCAGAUUGGCAAUGAACUUCGGAAGCUCAAUAAAGUCAUCAGUGACCUGACACCUGUAAGUGAGCUGCCAUUAACUGCUCGUCCUCGCUCUCGAAAGGAGAAGAACAAGCUUGCAUCCAGGGCCUGCAGACUGAAGAAGAAAGCUCAGUAUGAGGCCAACAAAGUCAAGUUAUGGGGACUUGGCACUGAAUACGAUCGAUUGCUGUUUGUGAUUAAUGCAAUCAAAGAGGAAAUAGUCAGCAGAGUUCAGGAUAUCUCGCAUGAUAAAGAAACAAGCAUGACCGAGAAGCUGGACAAACUUAUUGAGGAAACCCUAGUGCAGCCACCAGUGGCUGGCCAGACUUCAGACUUCGUGAAUCAGAUCCUGGAGAACACUGGCAAAGGGGAUCCCACCGGAGGACUGGUGGGGUUGCGUGUGCCCACAUCGAAGGUGUAGAGCCAAGCUGGCAGGCACCUCGGAGCACACACAAAGCCAUCUGCGCCAUUCUUGUCCCACACUGUAACGGCCCAACUCUCUGCAUGUCCAUUUCACUUGGAGACGAAUCCUCACAUGUAAAGUGAAUACAUGCAUACGAUACCCGCUCGAUUGUGCAUACGUAUGUAUAUAUUCACCUCUUGGAAUGGAAAUGAAACUAGUAGUUAACCUUUGCACUCAGUAGUCUGUUUCCUAUCAUGUGUGCAUGUGGCUGGUAUCUCCAUCAACAGGCCGACAUGUUGCAAAUGUAAAAGCCAAUAUACCACAUACCUCCUAAAAAUGAGAUAGAAAACAAGCAAAAUGAUGAGCACCAGUUCUUGCUGUAGCCCUUUUCCUCUUGCGUCCAGCUAAAUUUGUCAAAUUCCCUUAAAAGUGGUAAUUCACCCAUCAGUUGUGUGAACUAUCCCUUUUAGGGUUGUAGAAAGCAGAGGUGAACUCUGCAAACAAACUACGGAGGUAUUCGGUCCUUUGAUUUAGAGGUCAAAAAGGUGUAAAUGCAGACUUUGAGUUGUUGAAUGCGGCAUAUAUGAUUUCACCCUAGUUCGGCCUAGUUUUUACACUUAUUAAAUUCUCAACUGAGGACAGAAGAGUCCAGGUGGAAUUCCUGUUAGGCUUUGCUUUUCCUACUAUUGUAGGAAUUUUGAGGAUCAAUCUAAAUAGACCUUUACUCACCAACCAUAACAAUAGCAAGGCAAAUACAGAAUCACACGAAUAUCAAUGUUUAACCGAGAACAGCUCGUAUUUACUGACGUUCAGUGUAUAUAAGUAGGACAAGAAUGCGUCAAGAGAGUACUAGGUGUGGAAAUAGGCCUUGGGGGCCCUUUUCCAUAGUCUUUUGAUUGUCCAAGGGUGGAGAGAGAAAGAGAGAGAGCUUUUUCUGUUUUCUUUGACUUGAGCAGAUGGUCAGUUCAAUCCCAUAUUGUAAAUAGACAGAGUUGUUAUUAUUAUCCACUGAUGAAACCAUAAGAAACCUUUUCCUUUAUAAGCUUGGUUGAAGUGCCCUCACAUCAAAUCACCCUUGAUGUUGUUUUGCAAAUUCUCAAUUGAAGGGGCUUAAAAGUUGAUUCCCAGAUUGGGUUCUGUUUAUAUUUGUACUUUAUAAAAGUAAGAUUCAUUGUGCCUUGUUAUUGUGGAGUUAAUAAAACUCAAUCGAGAGCUAAAGGACCAUUUUGCAGAAGACAAGACGUCGAGUCAUUACAGGGGAAAGUUGCACUUGUGGGUUUGUAAUGUAUUUCAGCUCUAUAAAGAUACUCUGAAUGUACAUAGGAACAUGAAAAAUAUAGAUGUAUGCCACAGAGUCUGUGCUUUGUAUCAUAAGAUGGCUCUGAAAAAUAUUUACUUUGGUUUUUCGGUACUUCAUUUAAGAUGCGACGGGGUUGGCCGUGUCGUAAUAUAAGAAAUAUUCACAUGUAAAAUACGAAGAAAAAAAGAAAGAAACAAGAUUUGCACACUAUUUUUUGAUUGUUUUGUUUUUGUACCAAAGACACAUGCAACUUUAAAAUGGCAACUAGCCAGUCUAAGUAAGGUUUUGCACAGCUUACCUGACACCGUAUUGAAUGUAGGACAAAUGGUAGGGUCAGGAAUUUUUACCCAACUGUGAAAUUUGCUUGGGUCCAAUUCUCUACAGAAAGAAGCAUUCAUUUGCAUCCUUGUAGAAUUUUGUACUGUUCUUAUGUUCUCAAAUAUCUUGCUUUGAAAAAAAUGGUACCUAGUUAGUUCCAGCAGUUCAGUUCCCCUCCCUCGAAGAAAGAAAAUUAGCUAUUAAGUUAAAGGAGAUGCUUAUAUUUUGCCCAUAUAAGACAUGAUCAGAAAAACAAAAGGUUUACCAUUCUUUAAAUAGUUCAAUUUGUAGAGGAGAAUGAAUAUACAAAAAUGAUGCGAAAUUAAGUCCUUGUCUUGUUUCUAGUUUGUACACACACUAAUUCACGCACAGAAUAUUAAGAUAUGCCACGUUUUUGAAAUAUGUUUCUCAGCAUAAAAUAUUUCUAUGCUGUAUCUUCUUACCCUUGGGUAUUCUUGAAAAUGUUAUAUUCCAUAUAUUUUUGUAGAGAUUGCCUUUAUCUUUCCAUUCUGCGUUGCCCGUACAAAUAAGAAAAUUCUGAAGUUUUUGUGGUCACUUACCCUGAAAAGAAAAAUCUUUGUUGUUUAAAGAGGCAUUGUCAGUUAAAAUUCUCAUCCAAAAAAGAUUUAAUAUGAAAAUUAAAUACAGUUAUAACCCCAAACUGCAAAGUCAAGAGUAAACAUCUGGAAGGGAUAGCUUUACCUUACCAACAUAUUUUAUGGCUGUUGCGACUUUGUUCUGAAAAAGCUCCUCCUGGUGCAAUUGUAUAGUUUGCUAAAGGCGUGUUAAAGUGACGUUAUUCUUGAUCUGGAAGUUUGUUGUUUCAAUAUCAUCUUUGAUCAAAGUAGGGAGGACAUUUUUUCCUUUAACAUCAAAAGAAUUUUGUAAAGAUAUUUUUUGGUAGCAUAGUAAAGAUUAUAUAUACCGUCCAAUGUGUUGUUUAUUCAGUUUUUUUGUUUGUUUGUAGAUAGUUUUGUUUUAGAUUUAUUCUAAAUGUUGAAUAUAUAUAUGAAUAUAAUAUAUAUAUAUAUAUAUAUGUGUGUGUGUGUGUGUGUGUGUG